GCCUCAUCAUCGCUUUCUCCAGCGUCUACGUCGGAAAGAGCUGCGUUCCAUCAUGUUGAGGCUAGGUCUAUUCCUGUCCGCAGUGCUCUAUGCCAAUGCGUUCUUGGCGAAUACCAAUGAUGAGUGCACUCAAGAGGCGGAAAACUACCACACAGGUAGUAACAGCUGUUACAUGGUGCCUCUAGGAGAGCUACAGACAUGGAACGGAGCACAGACGUUCUGCAAGGGAAGGGGUGGAGAUUUGGCUAGUAUCCCAAGCCAGAGCGCACAGGAUUUCGUCGAGGCUUUGAUUGAGAAGUUGAACCCAGUUGCCAAGGACAACGCCUUGUUCAUCAACAUCAACAGUGUUGGGUCGUCUGCGGAGGGUUGGAUGGACGGAGAGACAUCCACGUAUAGGCAUUGGGCUGGUGGCCGUGACAAGGGCCCGUGGAGCACGUCCCGGCCGACUGGCUGCAUGCUGGUCAGACCGGAUGAUAGCAAAUACUUCUGGACGGGAUGCUACUACAAUUGGCCCAUGGAGUUCAUCUGUAGAUUCAAGAAGUAAACAAUGACAAUCAUUUCCCCCAGCAAAAGUUUCCGUCAAAAAAUUCCAUCUUUCUUUGAGGAUAAUCACCAUAGAAUCUAUGAUGGCCCAUCAUAGAUUUUAUGUUGUAAAAAUUUCAUCAUAGCCUAGGACAAUAAAAUACAAAUAAAUGAAA